UUGGGGACCCAUUGGCACGCGUAGCAACCCCUGUCUCACAUUGUAUUCAACUGCAGACUCGUCCCUCCUGGAUUGGCUAACGAAAUCGUCACUGGGUCGCACAAAUCAUUUUGCUUCACUUACCGGUACCCUUCGCAAGGACCCGGCAACAGCUAACGUUUUCAGAAGUGCAGUGACGUGCGACUAGUGAUCACAUUUAAGUGCCAACUAUAUCGUUGACUAUUUUGCUUAAAAAUACGAAUAAUUUAAUAGGAAAAAACAGCUGAAUUGUUGAAAUUGGUGUUCAAGUGUUGUGGCUCUUGUUAUUAAUUGUUGAAAAGUGAUCAAUAAGUGAAUCAUAAUGGCUAGUUCAGUCUAUUAUUCUAACAAUGAAACUGGGUUUUGGCCUUAUCAUCAAUUCAAUGAUGUCUGCAAUACGGAACCAUUUAAUUCUAUAUCAACAUGUCACCAAAUGCGGCAGAAUUAUCCAAUCUAUCAACAAAGUCCUCCAAACUACACUUCAGGUGAGAUUUCUGUGAAUGUGCUCCCACCAACGAGUCUUCUCGAAUCGAUUUUACGUCAUGGAAAGGAUGCCAUCAGUGAAAAAUACGCAAGUUCAGUUAGGAAACCAAGUCCUGGUUUGCCAACAUCUUCAGCUAUUUCUUGUCACACUCCUCCAUACACACCGCCAUCGCCAGAAAGAACGUCUCCACUGAAUCAUUCCUAUGCGUCAUCUUUAUCAUCACAAGGGCAGUACGCGCCAUUACAAAAAUCGUCGGAAGCUGAAGAGGUUAACUAUACACCAUCUUAUGCCAAUUACUCACCUCAGAUGAGAAAUAGUGGCAAUUGUGGAGCUUUGAUGAACACUAAUUCUUCAUCUACUACAACUUGUUUUGAUAAUGUGACUUCUGAGUAUGGAGGUCCUUUUGAUAUCAUGAAUGAUAGUGAUGAAAUGAAGACUGAACCCUUAGAAACUAAAGAAGAGCAGCCACCAGCUCCUGCCAUCGAUUAUCCUUGGAUGAAGUCUAACUAUUCAAACGAUGCUGCAGCUCCUGGACAAAAACGAACAAGACAAACGUAUACACGCUUCCAAACUUUAGAAUUGGAGAAAGAAUUCCAUUUCAACAAAUACUUGACUAGACGGAGAAGGUUAGAGAUAUCUCAGGCACUGACCCUCUCUGAGCGUCAAAUAAAAAUUUGGUUUCAGAACCGGAGGAUGAAGGCAAAAAAGGACAGAAAAAUAACUGGACUAGGUUUAGAAUUUCCUGCCAGAGAUGGAAGACGAUCUCCAAAUCGACGUCAACCGACAAACUAUCCAAUGAUAACACCAUCUCAUUCAACUGCUCCACCACCACUCAAUGAUUUGCCGAUUAAUCCCACGAAUUCCGUAUCACAACCUCCAAUUAUUCAUAACCUUCAUCAGCAGCACCAACAACAGCACUUGCAUGCUUCUUAUCCUAACUAUCAUCAUCCGUAUCAACGAGGACAUCUGUACUCAAAUCAAAAUCAUUUCCAACAACAAAACUUGCCCACCUUAGUGCAACAACUCAACUUAAAUCAAGGUACUGAAUCGUGAACUUAAAAUGCAAAGUGUCCAGCAUAAGAUGGAGCAGAUGGUCAUAAACAACCUUCAUAAUUUAUGACUAAAUUGUUUGAGCGGUCAGGAGCGAACCCACGCCAGGUAUUUCAAGCCCAUUUCUUUUACAUCAGAAUUUUGCACGACAUUAUCGUGAUCGCUUUCUCUGAAUGAAACUACAAAUACGAACAAGGGCUCCGUGCAAGUCAUUUUUAAAAUAUUUUGACCAAAUAAAUUAUUCUUAUAAAUUUAUGAAUGACAAAAAUAAGCUUAAUUUCCGGUAAAUUCUUAACACAGCUACAAAAAUGUAUUACUUUACAUUUGAUUUCUGUUAUUUAAAAUAUUAUUUAUACACUGCAAAUCAUAUUUUUUUUCAAUAACUUAAAAGUAUUUUAGAAUGAUAUCAUCUACUUGAUUAACAUUGAAGUGAAUUUUUAUCAUUUUAAUAAAAUUUAAAAUUUGUAAAAAUUAAUUAAAAUGUUAAUUGAGUGGAUAUUCAUAUUCUAAUACACGUUCAUUCAAAUGAAUUACUAUGAUUUGCGACGUAUCUGUGAAUUAUGAAUGAAAAUUAUUUU